UGCCCUCUCCCCUGGUCCCCCCACCUCGGCCCACUAUCUCUAUGUCCUCCAACCUCUAUCACCUGACACCAGUAUCAAGACUGCCUGGGCCGACAUGCUGCACUCCUUACUACGCCAGGGAGCCAGAGAUUCUCUGCCACUGCAUGAGGCCAUCCUGCCACUGCCCUACCACUUCAGAAAGGCAGAUCUCUACCAGGAGGGAGAUGGAGAAGGACAACGGACACUCAAGAGACAAGGAUCACUCAAAGGCCCCUCUCUUUCAAGUGGGUAUAUACUAUCCACAUUACCGUGCCCUC